CAUUUUUUAACUCCAAGUCUUUGUUCAUCUCGCGCUUCACAGCUCCACCAUAGUCCACAGUCGACACGGCGGCGGCGAAAACAGCGUUGACGGGGAACCUUUCAAUCGGGCAUUGGUUGUGACUGGGUUACCGUCAACUUGAAUUAUCUUUUGGUCUCUCUGCAGCCAUCUUGAUGUCCCGCAAACGCAAUGCCAUUGUUGCAGCAGGCUUAGUAGCUUUUGCAUCAGCAGGCUUGGCAUUUCCGUUUUACAUGGCGUCCACGUCAUCGAAAGCUCCUGUCAUAGAUUCAUCAAAACCAUUGCCCCCUCAAGCUACUUUUCGAGGACCUUAUAUUAACACGGGUUCACGCGAUGUUGGACCUGAUCAUCAAACUUAUCCAAAGAAAUAAUCUGUUUGUCUCAGUGCAAACUAUUUGUGGGUAUAGCUGAAGUGCUGACAUACUCGGAUGCAUUUGUAUGAAAUUAAGAGAUACUUCGACUACCCUCACGGUGGAUAACGCCUCUGUAUUUACAGAAUGUACAAGUUAACUUCAACAGGCUAAGAAAAAUUUCAGCCUGGCUGCUUAUUUUUCAAGGACGUGUUGUUGUGAAAGCCAAAAGGAAAUAGAAAUCACAUUCUAGGAUGAUUGUUUGCUAAUUCAUUAUUAUUAUUAUCAUUAUUUUCUGUUUAUAGUUCCAA